AAUCGCUCGCGACUCGCCCAUCACACCUUCGUCACGUUUCGCUUCAGUAUUUUGAGAUACCCAGUCGCGCUUCUUUCUUUUUUUUUUUAGACUACGUAACCCUGCUUUAAAAGAACUUCUCUGCGUAUAAACUUCGCGUGAUGACACGUUGAAAUAUUAUAACAAAAACAACAGCAUAAAAAAAAAAAAAAAAAAAAAUACAAACAACUGAACCGACAGCAGCCACCAUUCAUAAAGCUGCCAAACCGGUUUGACGGCUCGAGACCCCGGAAGCGUGAGAGAGCAAGCGAGGGAUGGACGUGUUUCAUAUGUCUUCUAGUGCUUUACGAUAAAAUCUUACAUUUGUGGUGAUUUGUUUAUCCAUUUAAACCGAGCAGAAUGGCAGCGUCUGCUAUCUUCAUCCUGGACCUGAAGGGAAAGGUGCUUAUAUGCCGGAACUACAUGGGCAAUGUUAACAUGAGUGAGAUCGACCACCUCAUGCCUAUCAUGUUGAAGAGGGAGGAAGAAGCAGAAUUAUCACCUCUACUGAGCCAUGGCUCCACUCACUUCCUGUACAUCAAACACAACAACCUCUACUUGGUAGCAAUGACUAAGAAGAAUACAAAUGCUGCUCUUGUGUACUCCUUCCUGUACAAGAUAGUGGAGGUUUUCACAGAGUAUUUUAAGGUUCUGGAGGAGGAGAGCAUACGCGACAACUUUGUGACCGUCUAUGAGCUAAUGGAUGAGCUCAUGGAUUUUGGUUUCCCUCAGACCACAGACAGCAAGAUCUUACUGGAGUAUAUCACCCAGCACGGGCAUAAACUGGAGGUGGGUGCACCACGCCCUCCGGCAACCGUUACCAACGCUGUGUCCUGGAGGUCCGAGGGCAUCAAAUACAGGAAGAAUGAAGUGUUCAUGGAUGUCAUUGAGUCUGUCAACUUACUGGUCAGUGCUACAGGCAGCGUCCUGUGCAGUGAGAUUGUGGGCUGCAUCAAACUGAAGGUUGUUCUCUCUGGAAUGCCUGAGCUGAGGCUAGGCCUCAACGACAAAGUGCUCUUCGAAAUCACAGGCAGGGAGAAGAGCAAGUCUGUGGAGUUAGAGGAUGUGAAGUUUCAUCAGUGUGUGCGGCUCUCCCGCUUUGAGAACGACCGAACCAUCUCCUUCAUUCCCCCUGAUGGAGAGAGUGAACUCAUGUCUUACCGGCUUAAUACCACCGUGAAGCCCCUCAUAUGGAUUGAAAGUGUGAUUGAGAAAUUUUCCCAUAGCCGAGUAGAGAUCAAAGUUAAGGCCCGUAGCCAGUUUAAGACCCGCUCGACUGCCAAUAACGUGGUUAUCCUGGUGCCCGUGCCUAGUGACGCUGACUCGCCCAAAUUUAAGACCAGCACAGGCAGUGCCAAGUGGGUACCUGAGAAGAGUGCCGUAGAGUGGACCAUCAAAUCCUUCCCAGGAGGGAAGGAGUACAUAAUGAGAGCACAUUUUGGACUGCCGAGCGUGGACAGUGAUGAACAAGAGGCAAAGAGGCCAAUCACAGUGAAGUUUGAGAUCCCUUAUUUCACAGUGUCUGGUAUUCAGGUCCGAUACCUAAAGAUCAUUGAGAAGAGUGGCUAUCAGGCGUUACCAUGGGUGCGAUAUAUUACACAGAGUGGAGAUUAUCAGCUAAGGACAAACUGAAGGGACUUUUCACGGUGGUGCCGGUUUGCACAGGAAGUACUGACCUUCUGUCUUGUUCUUCUCUGAUGAGGAGAGACAAAGCGAGACAGAGACAGGGUGGUGAGGUUCUCACACGAGAGUGAAAAAAACUAUUUGAACAAAACUAACAAAGUAGUCCAACUGAUGUUAGUCUCAUGUGGAUUUGAACAGUUUGCUUGGUGUUUUAUAAUUCUUUGUUAAUAAAUGUCUGUUACGGUU